UGCGCAAAGCGAUCGAGCAGUGGCAGUCCGAAAAGACCAAGAUGGCGGAGGAGUUGAACAUUUACGGUUUUAUAGCCAUGUAGAAUCGAAUAUAGCAUCAAACACAUCAAAAUAUUGAUUUUUCCUUUAGAGCGACGGAGUGUUAUCUGAAGUGAAGAUUGAAGACGUGAUAGAAGAUGGACGACUACUGCUAUGCUAAGAUGGCGACGUCCGGUAAAAGAGAACAUGAAAGAGAAUCUGCGCCGGAGAAAAAGACGAAGUAUGAAGACGUCCAGCAGCUGAUUGGUCAUCCAGAAGAACUUCCCCCUCAGUCGGAAGGGAAGAGCUCCACUUUGAAGCAGGAGACUCCACAACCCCCCUGCAUUAAAAAGGAAGAGGAGGAACUCUGCAUCACUCAGGAGGGAGAGUGUCUUCUAGGACCACAGGAAGCUGAUUACACCAAGUUGCCACUGACUGUUGUCUCUGUGAAGACUGAAGAUGAUGAAGAGAAACCACAUCUAGACAACCUCUUAACUCCACUACCAGAUAGGGAGGUUGAAAAACUUUUGAGCAGCAAAACAGACUGUGAAGGUGAUAUGAGGACUCACACUGACAACAAACACUCUGAAUGCUCUAAAAAGAAGACCGGUAAAAAAUGUUUAAGCUGCUCAGUUUGUGCUAAAAACUUUACUGAAAAGGGACAUUUGACCGAACACAAAAUGACACACACGGGAGAAAGUGUGUAGUGAGUUUAAGGAGAAACAUCUCAUGGAUCAUGUCUGAGCUAAAGUGUGUUUGUGUUGUUUGUGUCCUGCAGAAGUCCAGCAGCUGAUUGGUCAGUCAGAAGAACUUCCCCCUCAGUUAGGGGGAAACUCCACUUUGAAGCAGGAGACUCCACAACCACCCUGCAUUAAAAAGGAAGAGGAGGAACUCUGGA